AUGCACACCUUUGUGGACAUUUAUAGAUCAUAUCAUACAAAGCCAAAGACACCUAGGAUGCAGCUCCUCCCGAUUUUUCUACAAGUUCUAUCUGCCUAUGCUGUUAUACCUGAAUCACAUGUACAAAAGUUGGGAAAGAGCCAGCCGCCUCGGCUUCCGAACCUUGUCAAGUUGAAUAGCCUUAACGAGUUGUCACCGGAUUGGAGCGUCAAAGGAAACAUGGUGUUAGAAGAAGGAAGACUCAUAGUAAAAGAUGGCUCUGGAUCAAUUUGGUCUCGUGAUGCAUUGAGUAAUACAAAGGAUGACUGGACCAUUGAAGUCGUGUUCAGAAACUCUGAGAAUGUCGAGGUGGAGGAUCAUUUGUACUUCGACUCCAAUGGCUUCUCUUUUUGGUUAAUAGAGUCAAACUUACCGCAAAACUCAGAGAAUUUUGGUGGCCCCAAAUCAUAUGAGGGUUUUCAGUUUUUGUUCAACAAUAAAGAGGGGCGCGGAUUGAAGAUCUUUGCCAACGAUGGCACAAAGGCUCCACAAAACUCGAAAGCUGAUGCUCUUGGAGAAUGCGAUAUCAAUUAUCUUGACUCUCUGAUCCCGUUCACGUUACGUUUAUCCUACUCGGGCCAAAACAAGGUAUUUAAGGUACAGGUCGACAACAACUUAUGUUUCAGAACCGAUAAAAUUUCGCUCGCCAACGUCAAGAAUGAUUUCAUUUUUGGUGUCUCGGCUUCUGUAGAUGCAAAGUCUCAAGAAUAUUGGGAAUUGAUCAAAUUGGAUAGUUACAAUGAGGUGACAGAGGAUGCAAUUGACGAUCAUGAUCUCAUCAAGGAAGGAUUGGUUCAAAUGGUCACUGUUACGCAAAUCGAUGAUUCGCAACCCACAGAGCAUUCUAAUGCAGAACAACCAAACUUCAACAGGAAGUCCUUGAUGGAGAAAACGAAUGAUGGAGGAUCCUCAGUUGAUUUUUCCCAGGUAUCUGCGCACAUCGUUGAAAUAACAAACAAACUCAAUGUUCUUGAAAAUUCUCUCGGCAAAUUUGAUAAUUCUGAGGUCUCCGAGCUUUCCUCAGCCUUGCAAGAGGUAAAGAAGGUUCAAAGCGAGCAACUGGCUGUUUUACUCGAUAUGAGAAAAACUCACGAAGACUUCCAGGCUCUUUUGCGCUCGCAUUUCAAAGAGAUGGUGAGUUCUGUUGGAGUAUUACACCAGAAGGUAAUUGAUGAAAUCAAAGUACACCAAAUGGAGACUCAUAACAUCGAAGAUAAAGUCGAUCUUCUCAUGGCGAAUCACAAGACAAUCCUGAAACAAUACAUGGAGUAUGCUGGAGAGAUGAAGGGAAAGAAUGACUCCUCUGAGUUUUUUAGUGUAGUUGUGAAAUGGGUUUCCCUACCAUUCUUUAUUCUCAUGGCGGGGCUCUCGCUUUUGGUGUACAGACUUCGGAAAGAUAUCAAGCACUCAAAAAUAAUCUAA